AUGACCUCAAUGGACAAACACAAUCUCACAGAGCUGAAGGAAUUCAUCCUCCUUGGAAUCACAGACCGCCCGGAGCUGCAGGCUCCCCUAUUUGUGCUCUUCCUCGUCAUCUACAUGAUCUCACUGGUGGGCAACCUGGGCAUGGUCAUCCUCACCAAGGUGGACCCCAGGCUGCAGACACCCAUGUACUUCUUUCUCAGACACCUGGCACUCACGGAUCUCGGCUACUCCACCGCGGUGGGACCCAAAAUGUUGGAAAAUUUCCUAGUGGAACAAAAUACAAUCCCCUUUUAUUUCUGUGCCACACAGAUGGCUUUCUUCAUCAUGUUUAUUAUUAAUGAACUUUUCGUUCUGGCAACCAUGUCUUAUGACCGCUAUGUGGCCAUCUGCAACCCUCUGCUCUACACAGUCAUCAUGUCCCAAAGGCUGUGUCUGGUGCUGGUGGCAAUCCCCUAUGUCUACAGCACCUGCAUUUCGCUUCUAAUCACGGUAAAGCUUUUUAAUUUAUCCUUUUGCAAUUAUGUUGUCAAUCAUUUCUACUGUGACAAUCUGCCUGUGUUAACAUUGGUCUGCUCAAAUACACAAGAAGUUGAGUUCCUGAUACUGAUUUUCUCUGCUUUUAAUUUGGUUUUCACUCUUCUAGUAGUCGUUGUGUCAUACCUGCUCAUCCUCAUUGCCAUCCUCAGGAUGAAGUCAGCUGAGGGGAGACGCAAAGCUUUUUCCACCUGUGGAUCCCACCUGACAGUGGUCACUGUAUUCUAUGGGACUUUGACAUUUAUGUAUGUGAAUCCGAAGUCCAGCCACUCCUUUGACACUGAUAAAAUGGCCUCUAUAUUUUACACCCUCAUUAUCCCCAUGCUGAAUCCCUUGAUCUAUAGCUUAAGGAACAAGGAUGUAAAAUGUGCACUGCAAAAGAUGUGGACAAAAGUAUGCAAUAUCUUUUCUUGA